GAUCCAUAGUCUCACAAUCGGGUAGCGGAAUACGCGCUUUGGUGAUAAGAACAAUGAGUGCAAAUGAAAUUACAGUAAAAAUGGAAAGAGAUGAAGAUGAUGAACCUGUAGUGCAUCCACCAACAAAUACUUAUGCGGGCAGAAUGCCUCCCAAUCGGCAUUUCUGUGCUGCUUUUGCGUGUAUGAACUCGAGUGACAAUAACAACUUGAAAUUUUUCCCGCUUCCUACUGACCCCCAAAGACGCGAAAAUUGGCUGCAACUAAUACGACGUGAAGACUUAAUAAAAAAGAGUUCCAAACGCUAUUAUGUAUGUGAAACACAUUUUCGAAAAGAAGAUAUCAAAGUAAAGGGUCCAAUUAUGGUAGUGGCGGAUUACGCAGUACCGGCUCUUUGUUUACCUGGUCGAUUGCAAGAAGGUAAAGAGACACAAACGUACACUGACGACAUUCCACGCUCUUACUCUGUCUUUACUCAAACUUGUCCCGAUACGAAAUUUGUUCACACCCAGACGAAUGUCCAACUAUUACACAGCCUACCUUACUGCCAAAAAUUAAAAAGUGAUCUCAAAACAACCAAAUUGAAACUGGCAAAAGUGAAAAGUAAGUUUAAUGCAAAACGGAAAGAGAUCUUUUCAAAACUAUGCGACAAAUAUUUGUCAAAAGAGUUAUCUGAGCUCGUGAAAGCGCAGGUGAACUUGAAAGAGUUCCACUGUGGAAAUAGAUAUACAUUGGAAUAUAAACUGUUUUGUUUCAAACUGUAUCAUACUAGUCCAGACGCAUACCACUUACUGUCAAAAACACUUAAACUUCCUUCAAAAGAAACCAUUACCAGAAUCUCUAUACCAGUAACAUCAGAAAUUACAGAUGACUUGCUUUCUAUUUUGAAAAAUAAAGUUCAGAGUAUGUCAGACGCAGAGAGGAAUUGUACUGUAGUGAUCGGAACUAUGGGAUUGAAAGCAAGUCUGUGGUAUAGCAGUCAGCAAGACAAAAUUGUCGGAUUCCACGAAGUCGACGGAGUCCAGUCUCCGAGGCCUGCAACAAGUGCUUUGGUCAUGAUUAUUCGUGGAUUGUUUUGCGAUUAUUCACAACCCGUAGGGUACGCUUUACUUUCGAAAAGUAAAGACUUUGAAGACGUCUUGAAAUGGAUUAACAAAAUUUUAACAAAACUUAUCGAUAUAGGUCUUCACGUCCGAGCGUUUGUAAGUGAUCUGGCGUCUGCACGACUUAUAGAAGCUAUAUCGAUUAGAAGAAAAGUCUCCAGUUCUAAACCGUAUUUCUAUGUCAAUGGUAGAAAAAUUUACUUUAUUUUAGACGCACCUUACUUACUGAAACUACUACGUAACAAGUUAUUACAUAAUGAUUUUCAUUUCCAAGAUUCUGUAGCCAAGUUUCAACACAUUCAAGAUUUUUACAACCAGGACAGCCAAAAAUGUUUCAAAGUAGCACCAGAGUUAACAAACAGCCAUAUUAACCCUUCCACUGGAGAAAAGAAGAAUAUAAAUUAUGCAAGGGAACUUUUAAGCAAAAAAGUUGCUGCUGGAAUUAAUACUUACGUAAAUUUUCAUGCAAUUGACGAAUCUGGAAAGGAAACGGCUAGAUUUAUAAGUAUGAUCGAUGAUUUAUUGGAUGCCCUAAGUUCAUCGCCGACUCAGGAGCCGAAUGGAUACAAAAGAGCCUUUUGUGGAGACGAGAUUCAAUUAGGAUUCUUUAACGAAAUGUUGGAAUUGUUCCAGUCGUUAAAAAUAAUUAAUUCAAAAAGUGGAAACGAUGUGUCAAGUGAAGCGGGCUUUAUUGAAGAGUUUGAAAUUAUCAUGAAAUCUGUUUUACAAUUAUUUCAUGAUCUGAAGGUUGAAGGACACACAUCUCUGUAUACGUGUAGACUACACAAUGACGUCCACCACGAUUUCAUUGAACAAAUGCGAGCGCAAAUUGGCAAGACCAGAAAACCCACUUGUCGAAUGUUUGUCAUAGGAUUUAUGACUAUAUUUGUUUCUAACAUUCUAAAGUCUAAAAAAGGUGAUGAUAUCAGUGACGCUCAUAGUACCCAGCACCUGGAAAGUGUGUUUCUUGAAAUUCGCAGAAUCAGAGAAAUGAGAGAUGAGCCAGACAAGAAACAUUUGAAUACAUCUGAAAAAUUGAAGGAAACGUCGGUUCAAGUUGCCAAGUCUGAUUAUGACAAACUACUGUUUCCGGAAGAUUUGCCUCUUCUUAAUAUAUGUGCGCACUUGUUAAAACAAUGCCUGGAUCACCAUAAAGACUGUGCUGCUCUAAGAUCUUACCUAAAGUUGGAUAUAGAGAAUUACAAUUAUUUCGAAGACUUAAACUUUAAGUAUUACAAAGAUGUGUCAAUGCCUUUGUUGGUCAUUCCUCCUGAUAAUUUCGUCGCAUAUGUAGAAAAAAUGGAGCACAAAUUCCAAGAAAUUAUACAAAGUGAACAUCUAUGUGUAAAAAUUUGCGACUCGAUGCAUAAAGCACUAAGUGAAAUUCCACCUUGGACUCCCUGCCCAUGUUUCCCGCAUACAUAUUUAAUAAAACUUUUUGUGAUGGCCAAGAUAAGUAAUAUCAUUAGAAUGAAUAAUAACGCAUCUCGAAGUAUAGGUAAAAAUGCAGCUUGCAGAUUUUCUUAACAGUAAUUCCUAGACAUAAAUAGAUUUUAUUGUUGAAAUGUUAAGUAUACAUAGUACUUUGUACUAUUUAACUUGGCCUAAAUGACAAUUUAUUGCUUUGUAUAACAUACGAAACCCUACCUAACGUAAGUACCGACGAGUCACUAACUCGAUGUCGCGCCACAUCUGCCGGAAAUUUUUGUCAUACACUGCGGUCUGUAGGCACUGUUUGUUUAUGUAAUGAGUGAUUUCGUUAAUUUGAAAUAUUUCAAUGUAGUAACAAGUUCAUUUUUUGACAAAUAAUUUAAAUAAGUUUCAACAAAAACCGUUAAUGGAACGUUCGAGAGAAAGCUACAAAGCGAUGUUAUUAGUGCUUUAGCAAGUUUCCUUCUUCGGUCCACCCACGCCUCUUGUUAAUCAACCAGAGCCUUUUAUGGGCCUACUAAAUUAUUUAGCCCAUUUCAUUGAAUGGAGCAAGCGAAAAACGAUCAAAAUCCGUUUUCUAACAUUUUACGAUAUAAUUUACUUUUUAGAUUGACAGGAAUUCACAAACAGAAAAUAUUUAAUGCAAAUAAUAAUUAUUUGCAUAAACAUCAAAAAUUAUAUAGUAAAUAUAUUUAUGAGUUUUUUUGAAUG